CCGCCGUGCCCCCGGGACCACCGGUUCCCCCCUCCCUCCCCACGCUGUGUGCAGGAGAAGUGCAUGGACAAGCCGGGUCCGAAGCUGGACAGCCGGGCCGAGACGUGCUUCGUGAACUGCGUGGAGCGUUUCAUCGACACCAGCCAGUUCAUCCUGAACCGGCUGGAGCAGACGCAGAAAUCCAAGUCGGCUUUUUCGGAGAGCCUGUCCGAUUGAGGGGGGGGGACCCGCGCCCCCGGGGGUGGGGGGACACACCGGCCAGCACCCCCCCAUUUCAUCCCCCUCUCCCCGCCAGGCCGGACCUUCCGCCGCCGGUCACUCUGCCGCCUGAAAUGAGCCAGGAUCAGCUCUGGGGGUUUGGAUUUUGAUUUAAGAGCCGGUCUCGGGGGAAAGCUGCAGCAAAGAUGAGAGCCCAGGACAGAGGCAGGGUUGCCCCCUCCUCGGGGUGACGUGCUAUUACUCCCGGCCCCGUGGCCACCGUCGUCAUGCUGGGACCACCCCACGCUACGCAGGGAGGCACCCACUCAGCCACACGGAGGGACGGUGACACUCGCUGGUGGCAAUCUCAGCUCUGGGCAAGGCCACCGCUGCCUUCCAAGCCUGCUGCACAAAAUGAACCCUCCUGGGUAAACGUUUAACGAGCCCCGCAGGCGCCGUGGCGGCGCAGGCCGGUACAGGUACCCUUAGAGAGAAGAGCUCGUCGGGCACAGUGAUCAUCCCAGGCAGUCACUACUGGAAAAUAAAUACUUUCAGGCUUCCAUAAAUAAAUCAUUCGCGUGGCCAAGUGGCUAAUUACCAAACUCCAGCACAACUCUGUCAAUACCCACUCGCUCCAUGAAGUGCUUUCCCCCGACCAACGUAAUAAAUAUUAACUGGGUCAAUUUUUAAUAUGAGGUUCUUCUUUGUUCAGGUAGAUGGCCACUGAGAAUUGAAAAAAAAUCUGGUCGUCUUGUCAGUCCCCCUCCUUCCCAGUGACCCUGUGUAUUGCAAAUUUAUUGGAAAUUUAGCAGGGAGGGUGCACGACUGUCUCCUGGCUAGAAGGUCUGCUCUGAAUUCUCAUUUGUUUCUCAAUUAAUUUGCUCCCACGACUCAAACUCGUUUCCUGGGGGAGUCUGUGGCCUGCCCUCCUCUUCCCCAAAGGGUUAACAGCUCCUGCUGUCCUGUAAAGGAGUACUUUCUUUAGAGAGAGACUAAAUGCAAGAAAAGAGUAACCAGCUAUUUUAUAAUCUCACACAUCUUUACCUGUGGAGAUGACUGGAGGGAGGCCUAUGGCCGUGUGUUCUGCACCUUUGCCCCCAGGACACAGAGAGGAGCUUCUGCCUGGAAAAACACCAAACUACUGAUCCUCCCUCUGGAAAGGCAGCGUAGCAUUCCAGCAGUGCUUUAUGUACAGCAGGGCUCUGGGAAGCCUGGAGUGACCCACUGCCAGCGGCUUAGAGCUCUGCACAGGAAUGUGGGAAAGCAGUUGGUACAAGUCCACUUGCCACGGGUGGCUGGAGAGGGCGUGUGAGUGCCUAACACGGGUGGCUUGUAGCCAGCAGCCUUCCUGGC